AUGUUUUCCCCUUUAAGGACUGCACCAUCGCUCUUUUUUUUUGGUAUCCUCUGGUUAUGCGCUAUUGACAGUGCGCUUGGAGAGGAAACAUCUUUUUAUAAAUCGAGACCCGAUAUAUACCCGCCCGUCUUUAAUGUCGAAAAGUCCGAUCCAGGCAAGCUCAGCCCGGGCUACAUUUUCAUCACACCUUACGAACUCCAGAAUCCCGGCCCGUACAUCUACGAUAACACAGGGGAAUUAGUGUGGAGUGGCUGGGGUAUUUCGGGACCUGGCAACGCCCAUGGCCUCCACGUGUGUAAAUACAACGGUUCCGAUCACCUAUGCUUCUUCCAGGGCAGUCAGCAAAAAGGAUACUGCCGCGGACAUGGUAUUAUCAUGGAUAAAAACUACCGAGUUGUGCGGUCAGUUCAACCGGGUGGAGGAAUGGCAUCGAGCGACAUGCAUGAAUUCCGUCCCAUCAAUGAUGGCAGAACCGCUCUCAUGACCAUCUACCAGCAACGGCAAUUCGACAUGACACCAUGGAAUAUCAAAUCUGGCGUAGGGUGGCUGAUGGAGAGUGUUUUCCAGGAAGUCGAUGUGGAGACAAACAAGGUCCUGUUUGAAUGGCGGUCUCUUGAUCAUGUUGAUCCGUCAUCGAGCUAUACAUGGCCGUCUCAUACGGAUACAUCCGGAACGGGGUUGAACGUACAUGAGCCUUGGGAUUACUUCCAUAUCAACUCCGUCGAUAAAAAUGCUGCUGGUGACUAUCUGAUUUCGUCGCGGCAUACUUCUGCUAUUUACAAGAUCUCCGGUAAAGACGGCUCGGUGAUGUGGCGGCUUCAUGGCGCGCAGUCCUCUUUCCGGAAUAUCAAUUUUAGCUUUUCGCAGCAGCACGAUGCCCGGUGGUUACAGGAGAACGCUACGCACACAAUCCUCUCACUUUACAACAAUGGCUAUAAUGGCUUCAACAAGACCCAUGACUAUUCAGCGGGCAUGAUUAUCAUGAUUGACCACGUGGAAAAAACGGCCAUCCAAAUCCGCGAUUACGCCCCAAUUCGAAAUGACCUAGUGAGCUCCAGCCAGGGAAACUUGCAGAUACUCCCUAACCAAAAUGCGUUCAUCGGAUGGGGAAAUAACCCGUUCGUAUCCGAGCACGACGAGGCAGGCAAUCUCCUGUUUUGGGGCUCUUUCGCCAAGGACACCGUGAUGAACUACCGCGCAAUGAAGUUUGAAUGGGAUGGUGUACCGACAGACUCACCAGCACUAUGGACAUACGCCCGAACUGCGGAACCAAUUUCUUCCACUAGCUUCUAUGUCAGCUGGAACGGCGCAACCCGCGUCAACACGUGGCGAUUUUGGGGAGCGAUGAACACUACCGGACCUUGGACCUUGCUGGACGAGGUUCCCAAAAACGGAUUUGAGACUGAAUACACCAACGCCAGAUUCUUCCUUUGGUCUAAGGUCGAAGCAGUAGAUUGUGAGGGGACCGUUCUGGGAAAGUCCGAGACCAAGUAUACCUUCGUGCCUUCCUCCGAGCUGCGCGAAUUCUGCGCUACAUCUACCUGCUCGGACGCACAAGGAUAUGGGUUCCCCGGCGAAGAGGCAGCCCGUCCUUUCAUCCCGCCAGUAGGUGUCAAUACUGUGCCGUGGAUUGACCCCAACAACCCAGGGUCCAAUAUUUGGACAAAUCCCUCGAGCUAUCCUCGCCCUUCUGUUGCUCCAAAGCAUUUGGACGAGUGGAACAUUGGCCACCUUCUUGCCUGGGGCGCCGUUCUCCUCGUGGCGAUCCCCCUCUUCGCCGGAGUCUUCCUCGCACAUCGAUACCACACCAAGCAUUUGCUCAACCAGCUGCGGGAUCAGGAGUCGGCUGGGCCUACGAACGGUAUGAUUGAGCGGAAACACCCUCCCAUGCAGGCCGCAGAUCUGCCGUGGUGGAAUUGGCGCCGGUGGAUCGGGGAGGAUGAAGCAAUCUCCUACUUCCCGCUGGGUGAGCGGAGCUCAUACGGCCACAGGCGCGGGAGAGAGCGGAACGAAUAG